UGAAGAACAAUCCUGUGUGCUUCACUGAAUAGCUUUCCCAGUGAGGUUCUGAAAGUAGAGCCCCAUAGUCAUAGUUCUGCCCAAUUUUCCUCUACCUCAUCCAAUCCCUCCAGACCCUCCAAAUCUAAGUCGUCAUUUUCAUCAACUGGGUUAGUUUCAGAUGAGUUAACAAUGGCGAAGAAUCCGUAUAUAAAUACUCAAGAAAAAAUAUCAAUUAUUUUCUUAAAUUUUUUUAGCUUUAAGACCAAUAUCUCAACUUUUAUUUAUAUGGUGAUACUGCCUUAAAUCACUAUUUGACAAGUUCUUGGAAACUCAUAAAACCAGUAAAUGUACUUUAAACAAUAUCUUCUAGUUUUAUUUUCUUUAAAAGGGAAUGAGAUUUUAAAUGCAGUUACGGGGUUUCCUUUCUAUCGAAUAUGAAUCUCGAAUCAAGAAGAAGGGAAUGAGAUAGGGCUUGGGUGAGCUGUGGACUACAUUAGACAUGGGAUGAAAUAAGGAGAGCUAACAUAAAAUAGUUUGUUAUUGGAAUUAAAAUAUUCUUAUUUACUCUUAUUAUAAUUUUCAUGUAGAAAGCAAUAAUGGUAAUAACUAGAUGCAACAGAAAGAAAAAAAAAAAAAAAACACAAGUACAAUGUCGUCAAAUGGAACAUAGAAGGGACAAGAAGAUAGCAUUGGUUCCUCAGAUUGAGCGGUGACUUUUAGGAGAAAUAAAGAAACGGUGGUUAGCCGUUCAAAUUUCAAACAUGUGUGUGUUCCCCUGUUUUUGAGAACCUUUGACCUUCCCAUGAAAAACCACAGCCACCCAUCCAUCUCUUCUCUCGCCAUAUUCUCCCUUUCUCUCUCUCUCACAUCUAUCUUAUCAAACCCUGCAUGUAACCCAAUCCCCAUUUCAAACAUCAUAACAAACCAACCUAUUCGGUUGAAAUUUGAUUCUGUUUUUUUGGGUUUUCCAACCAACACCUCUGUCCUUUUCUCUUUCUAUGACCUUUGUUUUUUUCGGUCUGUCAAGAUUGCUGGUUUGUUCUCUCUCGUCUAUUCUACCAAAAGAUUCAUCAAAAAUCUGAAGAUGGUACAAGAAAUGGAACAGGGUGACGACAAUUGCAGCAAUCAGGGAUCUACUCCUCCAAAUGACACCGUUUUGGAAAAAUCUCCAACAAAUCAACCCGACAAAGGCCCUCCAAAAGCCAUGGCCUGCAGGGAUGAAGCUCCAAUUAAGCAGCCUAAAGAUCAGCCACCAACAGAAAUAGAACAGAUGAAGGAGCGGUUCUCCAAGUUGCUUUUGGGUGAAGAUAUGUCUGGUGGAGGAAAGGGUGUUUCGUCGGCUUUAGCGCUGUCGAAUGCAAUCACGAAUCUUGCAGCUUCUGUUUUCGGGGAACAAUGGCGUCUAGAGCCAAUGUCGGUUGAGCGAAAAACAAGGUGGAGAAAAGAAAUUGACUUGCUUUUAUCAGUCACUGACUACAUAGUUGAAUUUGUUGCUUCCCAACAGAAAUCCAAGGAUGGAACAAACAUGGAGAUCAUGGUUACCCGUCAACGCAAUGAUCUUCACAUGAACAUCCCGGCGCUGCGCAAGCUCGAUGCCAUGCUUAUUGAUUGUUUGGAUAAUUUUAAGGACCAAUCUGAGUUUUACUACGUAUCAUCGAAAGAUUCGGGUGAUUCGAAUAAAGACAAUGCCUCAAAGAGAAAAGAUGACAAAUGGUGGCUGCCUACUCCUAAAGUCCCUACGAAUGGUUUAUCUGAGAACUCAAGGAAAUUUAUGCAGUAUCAAAAGGAUUGUGUAAACCAAGUCCUUAAAGCAGCCAUGGCCAUAAAUGCACAAGUUCUAUCAGAAAUGGAGAUCCCUGAAAACUACAUAGAGUUAUUGCCUAAGAAUGGGAGGGAAAGCCUUGGAGACUCUGUGUACAGAAACAUAACGGUCGAAUUCUUCGACCCGGAUCAAUUUCUGUCUACAUUGGACUUAUCUUCAGAGCACAAGAUCCUAGAUCUCAAGGAUAGAAUUGAAGCUUCUAUUGUGAUAUGGAAGAGGAAGAUGAACCAGAAAGAUGGAAAAUCUGCUUGGGGCUCGGCUGUAAGCUUGGAGAAGCGAGAGCUUUUCGAGGAGCGAGCGGAAACAAUUUUAAUCAUCCUCAAGCAUCGUUUCCCAGGCACUCCUCAAUCAGCAUUAGACAUUAGCAAAAUUCAAUACAAUAGGGAUAUUGGACAGGCUGUUCUAGAGAGUUACUCUAGAAUCCUUGAAAGCUUAGCCUUCACUGUGAUGUCAAGGAUUGAGGAUGUACUGUACGCGGAUUAUCUCGCUCAAAAUCCGACACAGCCCUCGAGUAAGAGCCCUUCAAGGGAAACCCCGGUAUCGUCGGGGGUGGAUAAGCCUUCACCAGGAGAAGAGACACAAAAUGCUUCCGAGACACUUACUUCAAUGACAUUAUUGGAUUUCAUGAAUUGGGGUCCUGAUAUUUCUGAUAAUGAGACAAAGAAGGAAUCACCAACAGGGAAUUCAGACAACUUAUCCGCAGAAGGUGAACUGAAGCCUGUGCAGAAGCUUCAAAACAUAGUGACUAACAAUAAGUUGGUCUCGUACCUCGAGAACAUCAGCGGCGGUCCGAAGAGCCCCGUGGCACGACAUUGACUCGAGUUCAUAAGGGAAGACGAAAAAUAAGAACAAAAAGCUAGCAUAAGGUUUUAGAGAAGGGGGAGACAGCACAGCAGAAAAACACGGUUAAGCUUAACCUCCUUUUGACUGAAUUUCUCUUUAGAGCUGUAAUUACCAAAUCCAUUCAAUUCAUUCCUGUUGUAAAUAUGAAGGAUGAAUAAAAGUAAUUGGUUUUGGAGUA